UCGGACUGACUUUUAAAAGCCACUGGAGCGCCAGCCUGACUUUCUUAGAGCUCCGUCCACAACUUUUCACAGCAUUCAACGAGAAAAGGAACCCCCUGCUAUUGCUUGCUUUGCUCUCUUGUGCGGAUUGCCAUUCAUUGCAUCUCUCAGCUCUUAUUAAACUCGAGAUACUUCCACCAACGUUCUCGCCUGCCAUGUCUGAUGAGCCCACGAUCCUUCGCCCGCGUCCGCGGCGCGCGUUCGACCUCACCCCCGAAGAGCAUUCCUCCCCGGCCGAGCCAGCCAAUCCGGACCUGUUGAACCCGCGCGAAGGCGGUUCGACGAACGUUAGCCGCAACGUAUCGAUCAUGAAUCUGACAUCGCCAACUCUUGUCGGGAUUUAUUCUCCGACCGCAUUUGAAGGCACUCGCGACGAUUCUUCGCCUUGGGGCACGGAAGCUCAUACUUCCGAAGCUCUGAAUGCUGGUAUUCGGCCAGUCAUCCAAGGGCCAGCACCGGGGAAGCUGCAGCGGACGCGGUCACGCCUCAGCCAGGGACUCUUUCGCGGGGUCAUUCUCCCCCAGGCGCUGAAGAGCGCCUUCCUGCUUGGCUUCGGCGUGGUGUACGGGAUCAUUACGAUCCACCUGCACGAGAAUCAUUGGAUCACUCCGGUGAAGCUGGAGAACGUCCAUUACUACGGAUCAUGGCAAUAUCUGGCAUUCUGGGGCGUGGCGGGGGUCAUUCUGGGCAACGUGCUCCCCUGGUUUGACCAGUUCUCGGAUGACUUGAUCAAUGACGGCAAGCGAGCUGCUUCUUCGGCGAGUGACGAGGAAACUGCCGAACGCACAUUGUCGUGGGUGGCGGCGGUCCGCAGCGUCGGGGCCUUUGUCGGAAUCGCAUUUGCUAUGCGUCGACUACCCUGGGAAUCUACGACCCAAGCUUCGGUAACCCUCGCACUUGUGAACCCUGUCUUAUGGUAUCUCAUCGACCGCACUCGGACAGGGUUCGUCUUGUCGACUGUGGUUGGUUUGGCUGGAAUGGGCGUUGUGUUGGGCCUCAACCCCGAUCUGGUGCCAUCCUCUCUGGAGCCCUCCAGCCCCACCCUCCUGUUGGCCAACGUCACGGGGCGGGACUUCGGUUUGGACAUUGGGAUGACACAGGAGAGCAUCGCUGUGCGGACAUGGAUUGCCAGUGUUCUGUUUUGCGCCUGCGUUUGCUUCGGAAACAUUGGCCGGCAAUUGGCCAUUGGCAACUCCGGCAAACAGUCGCUCAAGAAGUGAGCAUCUUGAUGAGACAUUGCUUCUUUUUCUUCUUUACGAUAUUUGAACACCACUAGUAACGCCUUUGUGUACACACCCCUCUUGUCUC